AUGGAAAAACAUUACCUUAUUGCUGUUCUUAUUUUUGUUCCGUGUUUGCUGUUACGCAUUAGGUGCGCUACCGCCCAGGUUGGGUACAGCGGAAAGGAGAAGGAUGCUCUUGCUGCCCUCAAGACUAGUUUCAAUCAUCCCUUCCUAAAUGCUAACUGGACGGGUGAUCCAUGCUUCAUGAGUCAGCCUUCCAUGUGGUAUGGAAUUCAAUGCACUAAUUUCAGUAUCAUCGGCCGCGUCACUGGAAUUGUGUUGGACAGUAUGGAGCUCAGAAGCAACAUCAAGCUCGACGCGUUCAUGGACUUCACUGAGUUGGCAACCCUGAGCUUGAAGAACAACUCUCUAUGGGGAAACAUGAUGGACUUUAGUCUCAACCUGAAAUUGACGCAUAUUGAUAUGUCCGGCAACAUAUUACAUGGGGAAAUUUCACACUCGCUUUUGAGUCUUGGGAUGUUGGAGUUGUUGCUGCUUCAAGAUAAUGACUUCGGGGGUCCUAUUCCAGAAUUUAACCAAUUGACCUUAAAGGCAUUCAACGUCUCGAAUAACAAUCUUAGCGGAUUGAUCCCAAUAACUCAUGCUCUCCAAGCAUUUGGCUAUGAUUCUUUUUCUGGUAACGCAGGAUUGUGUGGGCCGCCUUCUUCCAUUUUAUGCAACUCUUCUAGCACCGUUCGUGGAAUUGACAACCCAGCAUCUGGUCAAGUUGGUGAACUUAGUUCUUCCAAGUCCGAGGUUAAGUUAAGCGUGUACUGGUUCCUUUUGGAUGUUGCUGCUCUUGUAGUUGUAAUUUUGCUUUUCCUUCUUUACUAUAAGAAAUCACAGAAGCUAAAAAAGAUGAUGAAGCAAUUGGAGAUGAAUAAAUCGGCAUCAACGAAUCAGGACGAAAAAGGUGAGGUUGGUGAUGAUAAAGACAAGAGGAUAGAAGAAGGCCGUCAAGAUCAGACAAUGAAAGCUGCCGAGGUUGAAGGACAGGAUCAACACAAGAGAGGGAAGCUGGAAUUCGUUCAGCCCCACGGAGCAGAUGAUCAUCAAAUAUUUGAAAUGGGAGAUCUUCUAAAAGCAUCCGCGGAGAGUUUAGGGAAUGGCAUCUUUGGGAAUAGCUAUAAGGCGGAGAUAGUGACGAUGAAUAACGUGGCGGGCAAUCAAAUUAAGCAAUCCGUGGUAGUUAAGCGGCUAAGGGAUCUGAAGCCACUGAAUUCGAUGAGUUUUCCGGUGGCUCGAGUCCUCUUCGCCGGUUCAACUCUGCUCGCGUCAACGUUGACUGUUGAUUUAUUUUUUUUUUGGCUGGGACCCCCAGAUGUUAUUUCGAUGCGCUGA